AUGAAUAACCAGAUAUUUAGGCUGAAUGUCUUAACUUUAUUAUUUUUUAUAUCGCCAUAUUAUUUGUUUCAUUAUACUUCUUGUAGUGAAUAUUCAGAAUUAAGCGUGUUGGAAACAAGCUCUGAUUUACCAGUUAAUUCUGAAAGUAGUGAGAAGUUAUUAAAUGUCGUAGCUUUUGAAGCUCAUAAAGGGUAUGGAGAUAAUCGAUCAAAAAGUUCAUCCAAUAGUCUUGCAACACAAAAGAUUGUAAACAUGAUAAACUCAUAUACACCAGAUACUCUAGAGAAGUCUGAAAGAUAUGCUGCCAAUAUGAUUGCUAUAGCGAAGUUAAGGGAAGAAAUAAUGUUAGAUGCAAAGGAAUAUUUAAACUCAAUAAUAUCUCAGACAAUGGUUAUUCAAAAUAGUACUAUUCUUCAAAAAAAACUACUAGCUGCUGAAGAAAAAUUUAAAUUAUCUGAGAAUAAUUAUUUAAUAGCCAAAAAAGCUUCUGAAAGGGCUGUAGCUAUAUAUAUUGAAUUCAUAAGACCUAAUAUUGAUCCUAAAAGCAUUAAAACAAUCCAUACAGAGGGUGAAGCUUUGAUGUUAGCUCAUAAUCAGUUAAGAAAAAUGGAUAGAGUGUCAUUGCCUGACAUGGAUGCUAGUGAAUACGAACCUCUUAAUAUUGAUGAUUCAAUUUUGAGUUUUGCAGAGAGCCCUGCACUCUCUGAAGAGACACGUGAAAAUAGGCUUAGAAGAGUUUUGGAUGAAGUAUCAUCUAAUAUUGAGGAGAAAGAAGAAAUACCUCAACAUAAAUUAGAAAAUUAUGAAGAAGAUAUAGAAGAAGUUAAGAGUAUAGAGGAUAAUACGCAACAAACAAGUGCUAAUUUAUUAGCUGAUGAAGGAAAUAUUAGAGAUAAUGAAAGUAUAGAUUUAGCAGAUGAUCAAUCUAAUGUAAUAGAUAAAUAUCAAGAACCAACACUUCUUCAUAAAGCUGAGAAUGAAAUUGAUGAUAUAAAAGAAGAAGCUAAGAUAAAAUUAGAUGAACUUUUUAAUAUAAGACCUACAGAAUUAAAUACUGCAAUUAUGAUACCAGGAGAUGUCCCUUUAUUUCUACAAUAUGCAUAUAGACGUUGUUAUAUUAAUGCAAUGUUAGGUAAUUUUUUUCUAGAAGUGUAUGUCCUCCCAAACUUAACAUUUCCAGAUGGAAUUUCUAGUGGAUGUGUUCAUUUACGUUCUUAUAAGAUGUAUGAAACAAAUUCCCUUUAUGGAAUAGCUGGUAUGUAUCGUAAAAUUAUUAUUGAUAUGCGGAGGCUUCCAUAUAUACAAGAUACAAUACCUCUUGAAGAAAGUAUUAUGAAAAUACAAUUAAAAUUAGAUGAGAUUAAUGAAUUAUUGUGUAUUUCUCUAAGUACAGCUCCAAAAUCUUAUAGGAAAGUUGCUGAAAUUAUUAAAAAGUUUCCUUACAAUGUAAAAAGUACUUUAGUUAUGAUGUCUCCAGAUGACAGAAGGUCACCAGAUGUAGACUACUCUUUUACUAGUCAACAGUCUACAUAUGCUGCUCCAACUAUCUUAUUACCAUCACUAACUCCACACUCAGAAGUUAAACUAAGGGAGUUUGAUAGAUUAUUACAGGCAAAUAAAAUUCCUACUUCAGAAAUAAAAAAGAAGCUUAAGCUUCUCAAAGAAACUCCUCCAUGGGUUAAAGAUUUUGUUAUUAAAAAUUCAAAUUACAAAUACCAUCAGUUUCAAUUUAAUCCUUCAUUAUGGCACUAUGUUGACUUCUUCCAAUUCGGGCUUCAAUCCCCAACUAAUCCUAAUAGUAUAUGA